AUGGUUCAGCGUGUUACCUACAGACGUCGUCUUUCGUACAACACCAAGUCCAACCGGGUCCGUAUCAGCAAGACGCCCGGAGGCAACCUGCGUCUUCUUCAUGUGAAGAAGCCCGCUAAGGGUCCCCGUUGCGGUGACUGCGGCGUCACCCUUGCCGGUAUCCCCGCUCUGCGUCCCCGCGAGUACGCCCGUCUUAACAAGAGCCAGAAGACCGUGUCCCGUGCCUACGGUGGUUCCCGCUGCAGCACUUGCGUCCGUACCCGUAUUGUGCGUGCCUUCCUCAUUGAGGAGCAGAAGAUCGUCAAGAAGGUCCUCAAGGCUCAGGCCAAGAAGUAA